UCACCUGUCUGUCUCUCUCGUCCUCCUCACUCAGACCUCUCCGCACCCCCGCGCCAAUGGCUGAUUCGCCAAACCCUAGCUCCGGGGACCUCCCCGCCGGCUCCGGGGGCUCGCCGGAGAAGCCGGUCCUCGCGGAUCGGCGCGUGGCGGCGCUCGCCGGUGCGGGCGCGGGCGCGAGGUACAAGGCCAUGUCCCCCGCGCGGCUGCCGAUCUCGCGGGAGCCCUGCCUCACCAUCCCCGCCGGGUUCAGCCCCGGCGCCCUCCUCGAGUCCCCCGUCCUCCUCAACAACUUCAAGGUUGAACCCUCUCCAACAACUGGUACUCUGAGCAUGGCUGCGAUCAUCAACAAGAGCACCCAUCUGGACAUACUGCCAUCACCUCGGGAGAAAUCAGCUGGCAGUGGCAACGAAGAUGGAGAUUCUCGGGAUUUUGAAUUCAAGCCUCAUCUCAGUUGUCAGCCGGCGGAGUCGAUUCAUCAGACAGCAAAUAUUUCAAGUGUUCCAAAUCAACCUGUUGCAAUAGUUGGUCCAUCUGACAAGAUGCCUGCUGAAGUUGGUACAUCAGAGAUGAACCAGAUGAAUAGCUCUGAGAAUGCUGCCCAGGAGACACAAACUGAAAAUGUAGCUGAAAAAUCAGCUGAGGAUGGCUAUAACUGGCGUAAAUAUGGACAGAAGCAUGUCAAGGGAAGUGAAAACCCUAGAAGUUAUUACAAGUGCACACAUCCUAAUUGUGAAGUUAAAAAACUAUUAGAGCGUUCGCUUGAUGGUCAGAUUACUGAAGUUGUUUAUAAAGGGCUUCAUAAUCAUCCUAAGCCCCAACCUAAUAGGAGGUUAGCUGCUGGUGCGGUUCCUUCAAGCCAGGGUGAAGAAAGAUAUGAUGGUGCGGCACCUGUUGAAGACAAGCCUUCAAAUAUUUAUCCCAACCUCUGUAAUCAAGUACAUUCAGCUGGCAUGAUUGAUCCUGUUCCGGGUCCGGCUAGUGAUGAUGACGGUGAUGGCGGAGGUGGAAGAUCAUACCCUGGGGAUGAUGCUAACGAGGAUGAUGAUUUGGAUUCAAAACGCAGGAAAAUGGAGUCCGCUGGCAUCGAUGCUGCUUUGAUGGGUAAACCAAACCGUGAGCCCCGUGUUGUUGUACAAACUGUUAGUGAAGUUGAUAUCUUGGAUGAUGGAUAUCGCUGGCGCAAGUAUGGGCAGAAAGUAGUGAAAGGAAACCCCAAUCCACGGAGUUACUAUAAGUGCACGCAUACAGGAUGUCCGGUCAGGAAGCAUGUUGAGAGAGCAUCGCAUGACCCAAAGUCAGUGAUCACAACAUAUGAAGGAAAACAUAACCAUGAAGUCCCAGCUUCCAGGAAUGCAAGUCAUGAGAUGUCUGCAGCUCCCAUGAAGCCUGCUGUGCAUCCUAUUAACAGCAGCAUGCCGGGCCUUGGUGGCAUGAUGAGAGCAUGCGAUGCCAGGGCUUUCACCAAUCAAUAUUCUCAGGCAGCUGAAAGUGACACCAUCAGUCUUGACCUCGGAGUUGGAAUCAGCCCGAACCACAGCGACGCGACAAACCACAUGCAGCCUUCAGUUCCAGAACCAAUGCAGUAUCAAAUGCAACACAUGGCUCCUGUGUACGGUAGCAUGGGAUUUCCAGGAAUGCCAGUGCCAACAGUACCUGGAAAUGCAGCUAGCAGUGUGUACGGAUCCAGAGAAGAAAAAGCAAAUGAAGGGUUUACUUUCAAAGCCACACCAUUGGGCCGUUCAGCUAACUUGUGUUACAGUAGUGCUGGUAACUUAGUGAUGGGUCCAUGAGUGUCUUAACUGAUGGUUAUACCUCCAUGAAUCACAUAUUACCGUCAUCAUGAAAAUCGCUUCAGGUGAUGCUCUACUGUGCAUCAUCCACACAUAAUUGAAUCGGAGGCGGUCAAGGUAUACCUGAGAGCUGCAGCUAUUACACAGGAGGUCUUUUGCUGUUAGGAUGUACUCUCUGUAUGUGAUGCUGCAGCUCAACAUUCGUUGUACAGCAAACCAGUUAUGAUUAAUUAGAUUAUGAUAAUUUGGCUAUGUAAACUUCUUUCUGUACUGGAAUAUUGGAUAGAACCAAAGAGCUAUCCGGUGGCAAAAACUUGUUAUCUUCUGCAUAUGAACGAUGCCAGUUUGAUAUUCAUAUAUGGAAUGAAAUAUAUCGUUUCACAA